UGUCUCAGGGAGAUAACGAAAGCAAUGGACAGAGAAGAUGGAGAGGCAAAAGCUCGUGAAGUUGCACAAGGAGGAGUAGAUGCAAAAUAUCAUGUUCUACUCGUAGCCUUUGCCUCCCAAGGCCACAUUAACCCCAUGCUUAAGUUAGGCAAACGCCUUGCAUCUAAGGGCCUUCAUGUGACACUGGCCACCACCGAAACGGCCCGCCAUCGCAUGGUCAAAGCCAACAUCACCACGACCGCCACCACCACCAACAACCCAAUUCAUCUCGAAUUCUUUUCAGAUGGAUUGCCCAUCGACUUCGACCGUCUGAACAAAAUGGACCACUUCUUUGACCAGCUCGAGCAACAUGGCCCCACCAACCUCUCAAACCUGAUUGAAUCCCUAUCGAAUUGCAACGGCUCAAAGUUCUCCUGCAUCAUCAACAACCCGUUCGUCCCAUGGGUCGCGGAUGUUGCCCAAGAUCAUGGAAUCCCAUGUGCCAUGCUGUGGAUACAACCAUGUGCCCUCUAUGCCAUUUACUACCGAUACUACAACGGUUUGAAUCAGUUUCCGACUAUAGCAUAUCCAAACAUGCCUGUCGAUUUGCCGGGCCUUCCGAUACUAUGUAAAGAAGAUCUUCCAUCUUUUGUUCUGCCGUCCAAUACUUUCAGUAGUGUUUCGAAAACCCUUACUCAUCUGUUUGGGAACAUGGACAAGGUGAAAUGGGUGUUGGGUAACUCCUUCUACGAGCUAGAGAAAGAUGCAGUUGAAUCAAUGGACAAGAUUCAACCGAUCAUCCCCGUUGGCCCACUUGUUUCAUCGAUGUUGCUUGGAGAAGAAGAUGCCACUGAUGCAGGCAUCGACAUGUGGAAGGCUGACGACAGCUGCAUCGAAUGGUUAGACAAGCAACCGCUUUCAUCCGUUGUGUAUGUAUCAUUCGGUAGCCUCGUUGUUCUAUCGUCGAAGCAGAUGGAGAACAUUGCAUGGGGUCUAAAGAACAGCUGCCGUCCAUUUCUGUGGGUGGUGAAGCCACCUGAAUAUUCGGUCAUGGAUCGUACGGGACAAUUACCCCUCGAAUUAUUGAAAGAAAUGGACGGUCAAGGUUUAGUGGUUACAUGGUGCCCACAGACGAAGGUAUUAUCACACCCGUCCGUCGCAUGUUUUGUAACACACUGUGGGUGGAACUCGAUUUUGGAGACGGUCGCUUCAGGUGUGCCGGUCAUCACAUAUCCGCAGUGGACUGAUCAGCCAACGAAUGCUAAGCUACUAGUGGAGGUGUUCGAGAUCGGUGUCCGGUUCAAAGUGGGCCCUGAUGGGGUGGUGGGCCAGGAUGAGGUGGAGAGAUGCAUUGCAGAUAUUACCGAAGGACCGAAGGCUGUUGGAUUGAAGAAGAAGGCACUUUACUGGAAGGAGGCGGCGAGAGCGGCAGUGGGGGUCGGUGGAUCGUCGGACCGGAAUAUACAGGUCUUUGUAGACGAUGUUAUACACAGAGCUAGGGAAUAUAUGAGCCAUGAGGUGAGUACAUCGCAGUGUCCUCAAGGGUCUUGAUUUAACACACAAAAGACCCUCGAUCGUUGAUCCAGACUGUUGGGAUGAUUGGCUCUACCGUGGAUGUGGUACUCCGCAAUAUCCUACUGAUAGAACGAUACUGAUCCUUCUAUUGGUGGCCGUAGAUCCAUGAGAGUCCACUUGCUUGUUUUCAGUUAUAGAUUAUAUUGUGAGGUUUGUAUAAGGUUUUACAUGUGAAAAAUGUUAAAAGAUUUUCCCAGGUGUGAACUUCA